AUGCUAAAAAAAACAUGGCUCCUGAGCCUCGAAGCGUUACUCCUCCUCCUGAAAGGAUGGCACCCUCCAUUGGUUUCCCCAGCCCCUCAUCUUCUUCCUGGACUUCUUGGUCUGCUGAUGCGGUGUUCAACUGCUGGUCCGACCUCCUCAACUUCUAAUCUGUGGGUUGUCAAUGCCGACAACACCCAGGACACCGCCAUCCUGAAACUCUCAGAGAAACCUGGGCCGUCAUCAUGGUUGAAGGAGUUUGUGUUGGUUGGUUUCCAGGGAGGGAAAUUGGCCAAGCGCCUGGAAUAUACACAUUGCCCUGACCCCUUCUGCGGUCUGAAUGGUCCUGCACCUGAGAAUUGUAUUGCAGCUUGGUGCACUGUGAAAACUGCAGGGGGGUGA